CGAAAUGUCAAAGUCACUGUGCCAUUUGUGUUUUGUUUGUGUUAUUCAAAGAGAAUUUUCUUAAAGUAUUCAGUGAUUUUUUAAGAUGUCAGUUUGCGUGGUGCGUGGUUGUAGCUCAAGCGGCCACCAUAUUUACGUAUUUCCGGAAGAUGAAGAAAUGAGAGAAAAAUGGUUCAACAGUUUCGUAGGAAAGGAACGCUAUCGUGAAUUUAAUAAGUCGCUUGCCGGAAUUUGUUCAAAGCACUUUAAGCCUUCUGACUUUGAAGAAAUCGAACUAGACACAAUGCAUGGCGAACUGAAAUUCGACGCUGUACCGUCUCAAAAUCUCUUCAGACCCGGUCAGUGUUUGACAAUUACUCUAGAUAUGUCUGACAGUGAGGAGGACGACCUAGUUUUAUCUAUUGUUAAAGAUGAGGAAGAAGUAGUGGAUGAAGCUGAUGUCAAGGUUACAUUAUCAGAUUACAUACAAAGUUUUCUAGAACUUCAGACUGAAUACCGCAACCGGAUUAAUGCAUCCCUUCUGGAAAAAUACUCAAUUGAGUGUCUUGACAAGUAUAUCACCUUCUACAAAUUGGACUUUGAACCAAAUGGUCAAGUAAGCAUUUCUACUAGCAUAACAAUAUCAAGGAACUUGAACAUAACAGUGUUUGCCCAUGGUGAACAAGUCACAGAAUCCAGUAAUGAGUUACAGGUAACUGGAAAAAUCAAUCUGUAUUCCAAGCUUCAGGACAUUCUGCAAGCUUUUGUGGAUUUUAAGAGUAAUUCCCUCCGGAAUUCCCCGUCUUUCAAAAACAAUCUCGCCCUAAGUAUUUAUGCACUGGAUGAGAUUCUAAAGAGUCGACAAGAACUAUCUGAUAGUGAUACAGAACUCACAGUAACCAAUAUCAAUACCAUCAAAGAUCAAUUGCUGCAAAUUCAGAACAGAGAUAAUAAGUUUUCCGUCUCAACGAUCGUCAAUUGUUUUAAUAUUCAUGCUGCGUCUCCUGAUGCUUACGAAUAUCUAAGGACCCUGAUGUUUCUACCUAAGGCGAAUGAACUUAAAGAAUUAAUGAAAGCUGAGACUGCAAACAUGUCAACUGAGAAUACUGAAGGAGAUCAGGGAAAUGUCAAUGAAGUAUCUUCAGAUGAAGGAUCAGACGUUGAAAUGCAUUUUCACAGUUGCAAAUAAAUUAGUUCAAGUGAUUCUUACAA